CCUUGAUCAGUGUUUCAAAAGUUUGUUUCCCCUCCCUUUCCUUGGAGAAGAUGAUGAAAGAAGAAGGCGAGACAGCAAAGAAUGCUCUGCCUAUACAGUCACUGUACAUAGAGUCCCUGGAAGCCCUUGGCAAGCCAAUGAAGACUUUGCUGGAGGAAGAACCAACCGCAAACUGGUUCUGGAAAAUGUUUCAACUACUAGAGACAUGGCUCCAUUCAGGGAAGGAGUGGGAGAGAGAAAGGGCCUUGCAGGCCAGCAUCCAGCUGCUGACUGCCUAUCAAGAGACAGUUCAUAGCACAGUGAGUAUAGCCUUUCUCUUCCUUCAGCUGACUUUCCUGCUUAUAUCCGAUCUGACACUCAAGGCAAAUGCAUGA